UCCCUCCUUCCCAUCCCCCUUCUCUUCAAGCGUGAGGCUCGUGAUCCUUCCGCCGCUUCCCUUCUUCAUUGACUCGGAAAAAAAUCCCCGAGGAAAAUAUAAUACUCAGAGUACUUAUUUUCAAUCAAGUAUUUGCCCUCGUUCACGUGAUAUAUAUAUAUAUUUUUAAGGAUUCCACUCCACCCUUUUUCUCCCCUCCCAGGAAAGGGAGGUGAAAGAAUUGUAUUUUUCCCCCAGCCCUAAAUCAUCUAUGUGUUAAAUAUCCGUACUGAUCUGUCUUGAAGGAGAAACACAUCGCUCUCAAUUUUUUUUUAAAUAGCUAUACAAAAGGAGUGAAAAGCCAAGAGGACGGAGUCUUUUUUUUUCUUUUCUCUUUCUUGCGGGAGAACUUAAUGCUGCAUUUAUCAUUAACCUAGCACCCUAAUAUAAAACAAAAGGAAGAAAAGGAUUAAGGAAGGAAAAGGUGAUUCAGGAAGAGCCAUCAUGUCGGGGCGACCGAGAACCACCUCCUUUGCAGAGAGCUGCAAGCCAGUGCAGCAGCCUUCAGCUUUUGGUAGCAUGAAAGUUAGCAGAGAUAAAGAUGGCAGCAAGGUGACCACUGUGGUGGCAACUCCUGGACAGGGUCCUGACAGACCACAGGAAGUCAGCUAUACAGACACUAAAGUGAUUGGAAAUGGAUCAUUUGGUGUGGUAUAUCAAGCCAAACUUUGUGAUUCAGGAGAACUGGUUGCCAUCAAAAAAGUUUUGCAGGACAAGCGAUUUAAGAACCGAGAGCUCCAGAUCAUGAGAAAGCUAGAUCAUUGUAACAUAGUCCGAUUGCGGUAUUUCUUCUACUCAAGUGGUGAGAAGAAAGAUGAGGUCUACCUUAAUCUGGUGCUGGACUAUGUUCCGGAAACAGUGUAUAGAGUUGCCAGACACUAUAGUCGAGCCAAACAGACACUCCCUGUGAUCUAUGUCAAGUUGUAUAUGUAUCAGCUGUUCAGAAGUUUAGCCUAUAUCCAUUCCUUUGGAAUCUGCCAUCGAGAUAUUAAACCACAGAACCUCUUGUUGGAUCCUGAUACAGCUGUAUUAAAACUCUGUGACUUUGGAAGUGCAAAGCAGCUGGUCCGAGGAGAACCCAAUGUUUCCUAUAUCUGUUCUCGGUACUAUAGGGCACCAGAGUUGAUCUUUGGAGCCACUGAUUAUACCUCUAGCAUAGAUGUAUGGUCUGCAGGAUGUGUAUUGGCUGAGUUGUUGCUAGGACAACCAAUAUUUCCUGGGGACAGUGGUGUGGAUCAGUUGGUGGAAAUAAUCAAGGUCCUGGGAACACCAACAAGGGAGCAAAUUAGAGAAAUGAACCCAAAUUAUACAGAAUUCAAAUUUCCUCAAAUCAAGGCACAUCCUUGGACAAAGGAUUCGUCAGGAACAGGACAUUUCACCCCAGGAGUACGGGUCUUCCGGCCCCGAACUCCACCAGAGGCAAUUGCACUGUGUAGCCGUCUACUGGAGUAUACACCAACCGCCCGAUUAACACCACUGGAAGCUUGUGCACAUUCAUUUUUUGAUGAAUUACGGGACCCAAAUGUCAAACUACCAAAUGGGCGAGACACACCUGCACUCUUCAACUUUACCACUCAAGAACUGUCAAGUAACCCGCCUCUGGCCACCAUCCUUAUUCCUCCCCAUGCUCGGAUUCAAGCAGCUGCUUCCACCCCUACGAACACCACAGCAUCCUCAGACAUGAUUGUCCCCAUUUCCUGUGAUACUAAUUCUGGAGACCGUGGACAGACCAAUAAUGCCGCUUCUGCAUCAGCUUCCAACUCCACCUGAACAGCCCCAAGUAACCAGCUGCACAGGAAAAACCAGCAGUUACUUGAGUGUCACUCAGCAACACUGGUCACGUUUGGAAAGAAAAUUAAAGAGGAAAAAAAAAACAAAAACAAAAAAAACCCUGUUCAUUUUAGUGUUCAUUUUUUUUAUUAUUGUUGUUCUUAUUUAACCUUGUAAAAUAUCUAUAAAUACAAGCCAAUUUCAUUGUAAUCUCACUUUUCAGGAGAUCCAAGGGGUGGGAGGGAUGGGGGGGGAACAGAGCACUAGAACACACAAUCUCUCCCACGACAAUCUUUCUUUUUCUUUUUCUUUUUCUUUUCUUUUUUUUUUAAUCAGACGUCUGCUAUUGUAUACCUUAAAAACCAGAUUCCUGCCUCGUGGCCCCACCACAACAGAAGACAACAUGUUCUGUGCUGGUUUAUUUUCUGAAUUUGUUUUCUUUUAAAGUCUGGUGUAAGACUUUGAUACAGUGCACAGCUUGAAAUUGGUUGGGAGCUUAGCAGGUGUACUCAACAGGGACUUAAUGUCACUUGUAAAAUGUAUAUGUAUCCUCGGGUAUUUGAAGACUUGCCUUUGACAUGUUGAUGGCAGGUGUGACAGACCAAAAAAAAAAAAAAAGAGAGAGAGAGAGAGAAGAAAUGUGUAUUGUUCGUAGCCCAGGGAGGUCACUAAAGUCUGAAGCUAUAAGGGAAGAUUUGUGAUUGAUUAUUUAAAGGUUUGUUUUGCUCUUGACCAGUGCAAAUGUUGCAGAUACUGGCUUAGGAAGGCUGCCAGGGGAGCGGCCGUCUGUUGCCCUGGGUGGAUCUCGGUUCACCUGACCAAAGGCUGUCUGCAUAUCUUCAUAUUGUUUUGAGCUGGUGCCCUGAGAUAAGACUGGAGAUGAUGUCAAGCCAGCAGCUCAAGGUGCAUCAGAAGGCAGGAAGGCAGCAGGCCAGGGGCAGAUCUCACCACUGUGAAUGAAUUUGUCCAGAUUUUUCUAAAGUUAUUUCCCUUAGAAAAAUACACUUGAGAGAAGACAUUGUAGCUAAAUAAUGUGAACUGUAACAGUCUACUGCUUUAUUUUUCAUAUUUUAAUUGAAAAUCAAGCUUGCAAGAAUUGCCACAUUCUUACACAUAAUUCUAAUUUUAAAUCCAAAUCUAGACUCUGUAUUUAAUUUCUGCUUUUUUAACAUCAUGCUUUUUAAAUUUAUUUAUUGAUGCAUGUCAGAUAGACCAUUACGAUUUUAAAUGGUAGGCAUAUUAAAAACCACACAUCAAAAUGAUAAAGUCAUCUGUACCUGCUAACUUUAUAGGAAAACUGAUUAUAUAAAUGUGUGUAUAUAUGUCAUAUAUACAUAUAUUCAGUACUGCCUUUUCUUUUUGUCUACAGUCUCAAAAUUGACUGACUGAAUCAUGAAAAGAAUGUUCCCCCAACCAUUAAGAGUUUUGUUUUAGUUUUCUUUGUUUAUCAAUGAAUGGUGUAAGAAUCAGUCUCUUGUUUUUUGAAGAAAAAGCAAUAUUCCUUGGAGAGCAAGGAGGAUUGAAGGAUUAUGUUUGAGUGAGGAACAGAAUUCAUAACUAGUUUGUUGAUCCUUUUAAGGUUGGUAUCUUUGUGGGCCUUAUAUACUCUAAAAUGAACCUUGGUGCUUACGGGCCAUUACUUGACCUAUGAAUCUUUAAGGCACAAUCAGUUACCUUUUACAUUUAAAGAUCUCUUGAGUGAUGGCCACCUUUCCUUCCUCCUCCCUCCUUCCCACGUAUCUGCUAAGGUCAGUCGAUGACAAGGACUGCAGAGCUCUCAGUUGUGUGUAGCCUCCUUCACCAUCAUUACCACCUUUAUUCAUGUUGGGGUCUUGCCCUUCAGGUGGUUGGAGAGAGGGGUCUCUUGGCAGCCCUUAUACAGGCCCUAGCACCCUGUCACGCCUCUUCGACCCUGCGUGUAACUCUCCAAGAGAGUUGUGCUGCCUGCAGAAAUGAAGCGAUACUAGAAAGACAGCGGUGAGCCAUCUGACUUUUACUCACUGUGCGGCUAAGUGCUUUGGGCCACCAAAGGGGUUUCUCAAACUCCUGCUUAUAUCAAAGUUCACAAGAAAGAAAGCAUGCUUAGUCUAACCAAAUCAAACAAAUAGGCUUUUACUUUCUGUGAAGUGCUUCCGAGAGAUAAUUACAGUUUGAAAGAAUUCUGAAAUCAAAGUAUUGGACAGCAUAGUUCCUUGAAGAGGUGACUUGGAAGACCAUUUUCAGGAAGAAUUUGUAGAGAAUCUGAACAAGCGGGUCUAUGGCCUAAGAGGGGAACCUGCUUUCAGAUUAAACUGCCCAGCCAGAAACAGACACUACUCUGGACUUGAUGUACUUGCUAGAGUCCAUAAAAAUCAAUGCUUGUUUUAGCAAAUGCCCCCCACCCCCCAGAUGGGGGAAGAGAAGAGUAGAGGAAAGUCAGGUGCUUUUCUCGAACGUGUGUGUGUGUGUGUGUGUGUGUGUGUGUGCGCGCGCACACGUGUGUGCACGUGUGUGCACGUGUGUGCGUAUGUGAGGGCUGAGGUGCAUGAUUUUUCUUUCUCAAGGAUCAUGGCAGGAUCACAGAACUCUUACACAAGUGAGAUCCAGGUUUCUGAAUAUCUUUUUGUAAAUAAUAAUUAAAAGCUCCUCACCAAAUUCAAGCUUGUAUAUUAUAUUUUCUUUCAAUGUUUUUAAAUUUAAGUUUUAUUGUUUUGUAUGUAAAUAUGUGGACCCAGGAACUGUUAUUAAUGAGCAAAAAGUUACUGUUCAGGGCAGUGAUUCUGUUUAAUAACCAGACAAAAAUGUAGACGAGCUUUUUAAAGCCAUAUAGUUUUAACUCUGUACAGUAGGUACCGGCCUGUAUUAUUGUAACAAUAACUCUAGCAAUGUAUAGUGUAUCUAUAUAGUUUGGAGUGCCUUCGCUUCCAUGUAUUUGGGGUUUUUUUUGUUUUGUUUUGCUUUUUAAUUGAUCUCUUUUAUCCAUGUGUCCCUGUCUGUCCCCUUUCCCUCUGAAGUUACAAUGUAACAUCACCUUUGCCCCCUCCACAGUUUGAGUGGGGAGAGGAAACAAUGUUUGAAAUCUCAUUUCAUUGUAGCCUUGCCUUUGUUUUGGUUAUGGGUGUGUCUGCUCCUUCUCAGUAACAACGAGCGUUUCAUUGCACAUUCAGUCCAUGCAGGGACUUGGUGGAGUGCAGGAGUCCUAGAGCUGGAGGAUGUCUGAUAGAUUGGGGUUUGCUCAUAUUUUCUGCAAGCCCUAACGUGGGCCUUGCAGUAGAUUCUGGGAACCUCCCAUGCUCACUCUCUCCUUACCUACUUUCCUCCCAAGAGACAUUGGUUUUAUUUUAUUUUAAAACAAACAAGAACAACAAGUCAUGCUGUCUAGGUGGCAUGUGGGUUUUGGUAGGUCAGUAAUCUGGGUGCCCUGGAUACAUUGUUACUAGUUACUGCACUGGGUGCUCUGCAGAUGAGGACUGUCAAAUGGACUCAGCCUGUUCCUCCCUCCUGCCAUCUUCUCGGAUGAAAAAUCAUUUUAAUUUCUUUUUUCAAAAA